UGCUGCUGCUGUCUCUACUGUGGCGCCACGCGUUCUGCGGAUCUCCGAGCGUUCAGAUCGGGGGCUUGUUCCCACGGGGAGCGGACCAGGAGUACAGUGCGUUCCGGGUGGGCAUGGUACAGUUCGGGAUGGCAGACUUCCGCCUCACGCCUCACAUAGACAACUUGGAGGUCACCAACAGCUUUGCCGUCACCAACUGCUUUUGUUCCCAGUUUUCCCGAGGUGUCUUUGCCAUAUUCGGAUUCUACGAUAAGAAGUCGGUGAACACAAUUACGUCGUUCUGCGAGACGCUCCACGUGUCCUUCAUCACUCCCUCCUUCCCCAUAGAGGGCACCAACCAGUUUGUCCUGCAAAUGAGGCCGGACAUCAAGGGCCCCCUGGUGUCCCUGGUGGAGUACUACAAGUGGGAGAAGUUUGCUUAUCUCUACGACAGCGACAGAGGGUUGUCUACGCUGCAGGUCAUACUGGACACUGCAGCAGAGAAGAAGUGGGUUGUCACAGCGAUAAACGUGGGAGAGCUGAAAGAUGAGAGGAAAGAUGAAGCAUACCGCUCGCUCUUCCAGGACUUGGAGAUCCGGAAAGAGCGGCGCAUCAUCCUGGACUGUGAGCAGGACAAAGUCAAAGACAUCUUGGAGCAGGUGAUCACCAUUGGGAGACAUGUUAAAGGAUACCACUACAUCAUUGGCAACCUGGGCUUUUUGGAUGGAGACCUGUCUAAAAUCCAGUAUGGAGGAGCCAAUGUGUCUGGCUUUCAGAUUGUAGACUUCGAUGACCCUGUGGUUGCCAAGUUUGACCAGAGAUGGGAGGCUCUGGAAGAGAAAGAGUACCCAGGAGCAGACGCACGCAUCCGGUAUACGUCGGCUUUGACCUAUGACGCGGUGCAUGUGAUGACUGAGGCCUUCCGCUUCCUCUACAAACAGCGGAUUGACAUGAACCGACGUGGGAACACCGGAGACUGCCUGGCCAACCCGGCUGUGCCCUGGGCCCAGGGUGUGGAGAUUGAGCGUGCACUCAAACGGGUGCGUGUGGAUGGACUCACGGGGAAUAUACAGUUUGACCAGCAUGGCCGAAGAGUCAACUACUCAGUGACCAUCAUGGAGCUGAAGAACAACGGCCCUGUUAAGAUUGGUUAUUGGAACGAGCUUGACAAGAUGGUGGUAACCAAGUCGGACCUGUACCCCAAUGACACCAUGGGGAUGGAGAACAAGACAGUUAUCGUGACCACCAUUCUGGAGGCCCCCUAUGUCAUGCUCAAGAAGAACGCAGAGCUCUUCCAAGACAACGAACGUUAUGAGGGGUACUGUGUGGACCUGGCUGCAGAGAUUGCCAAACACUGUGGCAUCCGCUAUCAGCUGCGUAUUGUUGGGGAUGGCAAGUACGGGGCUCGUGAUGCUGAGACCAAAAUCUGGAACGGGAUGGUUGGAGAGCUGGUGUAUGGGAAAGCAGACAUCGCCAUAGCUCCUCUGACCAUCACACUAGUGCGGGAGGAGGUUAUUGACUUCUCCAAGCCCUUCAUGUCCCUGGGCAUCUCCAUCAUGAUCAAGAAGCCGCAGAAGUCCAAACCAGGCGUCUUCUCCUUCCUAGACCCUCUAGCCUACGAGAUCUGGAUGUGCAUCGUGUUCGCCUACAUCGGAGUGAGCGUGGUGCUGUUUCUGGUUUCACGCUUCAGCCCGUACGAGUGGACCCUGGAGGAGCCGGAAGAUGGUGCAUUACCCCUCACCACGGAAUCCACCAAUGAGUUCGGCAUCUUCAACUCGCUGUGGUUCUCCCUGGGUGCCUUCAUGCGCCAGGGCUGCGACAUCUCACCCAGGUCUCUGUCUGGACGCAUUGUGGGCGGGGUCUGGUGGUUCUUCACACUCAUCAUCAUCUCGUCCUACACGGCUAACCUGGCAGCCUUCCUCACUGUGGAGAGGAUGGUGUCGCCCAUCGAGAGCGCAGAAGACCUGGCCAAGCAGACAGAGAUCGCCUAUGGAACACUGGACUCGGGCUCCACCAAAGAGUUCUUCAGACGCUCAAAGAUUGCCCUCUUUGAUAAGAUGUGGCAGUACAUGAAGUCUGCAGAGCCUUCUGUGUUUGUGAAGAAGACUUCGGAGGGUGUGCAGCGUGUGAGGAAGUCCAAAGGGAAGUACGCCUACCUGCUAGAGUCCACCAUGAACGAGUACAUCGAGCAGAGGAAACCCUGUGACACCAUGAAAGUGGGCGGCAACCUGGACUCCAAAGGCUACGGCAUCGCCACGCCCAAGGCAUCGCCAUUAAGAAAUGCGGUGAACCUGGCGGUGUUAAAGUUGAACGAACAGGGGCUUCUGGACAAACUGAAAAACAAGUGGUGGUAUGACAAAGGCGAGUGCGGCAGCGGAGGAGGGGAGAGCAAGGAGAAGACCAGCGCCCUGUCCCUCAGUAACGUGGCAGGGGUCUUCUACAUCCUGGUGGGGGGUCUGGGGCUGGCCAUGAUGGUGGCUCUGGUGGAGUUCUGUUACAAAAGUCGUGCAGAGGCCAAAAAAAUGAAAAUGAAGUUUACUGAUGCCAUGCGCUCUAAAGCCCGCCUGUCCAUCACGGGCUCCACCGGUGAGAAUGGCCGCGUCCCUGUGUCCUACCUGCGGCCUGGAUUACCCAUGAGCCUCAGCAUGACGCACCUGUCCUGACCCCGCCCCGCGCAGUGCCUUAUGCCCCACUCCUUUUCCUGAGCCCCACCCACAGACACGUCCCAUCAAAACCACACCCCUCCUGGAUAUCAUCAACCCAAUCAAGCACAGGACGCCUUUUCUACGCCGGGCCACGAGGACAUGUCCUUGGACCGCUCUUGUACAGAAUAGAAAACACUCCCUAGGUGUUGAUGCAAUAACUCUGUGUGUCAGGGACCACUGCACAGGACGCACCCGGAGGCUUCAGGCCUCUACAGACUCUUCGACAUGACAUCAUCAUUUGUUAUUGUAUCAUUUUAUCGUUCAUUUCCUUCUUUCUGCCUGAAAUGCAGUAGUAGUAGAUGAUUUUGAUUCAGAGAUGAAGAGACUAAGUAUGCAACCAUACUUACAUAUUGAAGAAGCUGUUGGUUGCACUAGACUGCGCCUGGAUAAUUCAAUAUUUAUAAAAGUUCAUCAAAUGGAGUUAAUAUAGUUUACAGAUAACAGAAGUGAUGGAUGUUUGGUGACAUGAGUAGGAGCAAGUUAGGAUACUGCAGAGUCCAUAUGUACAAUGCCCUCCUCUAAUGUUACAAUAUGUGGUAGCGUUGGUACCUUUGUGUUGUGGUUCUGGAGACUCAACAAGCAUACAAAGUUCUUCAACAGUGAUUCAUGUAGAUUCAUUAUAAAUAUGUAGGUUU